AUGAAUCAAGAUGAUCCCCCAUUGUCACGAAAGUUGAAACCAUAUGAGCGUUUCUUUGCAGCUCUGCUUCGAUCAUCUGCCACGGAUUAUUUGAAUUCUUGUUCCAAUAAUAUUGACAAUGACAAUGACAGUAGCACUCUCUGGACUACCAUUUGCCGUCGCGUCCACUUGUGUCCACCCAUGGCUCCAUUGCAACCCAAGUACGAGGAUGCCAAUCGUCACUUUGCACCACGAGCCGCACUGGUAUUGGAAGAAUGUCGAUCUCAAAUUGCCGAUUCCUUAAUGGCACGAUGGGGACAGCGACACAAUAAUGGACGUCGUGCUACCAAGUCGUCCAUCUCCGUCCAGUGUGCAUCGGCAUCGCGCAAUAAGGAGACGGGUCAUACCACCUUGAUUCUCAAGUUGGCACAACAAAACAAGCGCUUGACCAAGGAGCAACUGUUUCAGUUGAGACCAGGGACCGUCAUGGAAAUCAUUCCUGCCAGCAAUAACAAAAACAGUGUCGAGGAUGUUCUGUUGGGAUGUGUCCUCUAUGCCAAUCGAGAAAACUUGGAGCAAGAGAAUGCAUCUUUUGGGGUCAUGAUCUUUCAACAAACAACAACAACAACAUCAGCUCACAACAUGAUACUGGAUCGAACAAUCAACAAGGAAGAUGAUGAUAAAGACGACAACAAUGAUGAUGACAGUAGUUUGUUGCAAGUCUCACCCAUUGCGGGUCUCAUUUCGGAAUUGAGACAAUUUGAAGCAUGUACCAACAAGAAAACAAAAAAGGUUCCUUUUAUCAAUGCAUUGCUGGGACAUUUCCCGAAACACACACGAUUUCACUACGAUGAUGAUGAUGAUGAUGAUGAUGACACCAGUACAAAUUGUAGUGACGAUGAGAGUGAUAACAAUGAGAACAAAGAGACUGCUUCAAAAGAUGGAUCGGCAGAAGAAAUAGAGCAACCAAUCGACAAAGAUCUUGUGACUGAACCACCACCUCCUCACACAACAACAACGCCUCCCGUGAGAAUCCCCACGCUCAAUCCAUCUCAAGAAGAGGCAGCGUCCAACUUUCUUGGGUCCAGUCCGGGAAGUGUCACACUCUGUCAAGGACCACCGGGAACGGGGAAAUCCACACUGCUGGUGGCAAUCCUAUGUCGGUACAUUCUCAAGGCACCCGAUACGUGUCCUCCACGAAUCAUGGUAUGUGCUCCCACGAACAAGGCCGUCACUGUGGUGGCCACUCGAUUCUUGCGAGCCAUAAUAAUGAUGGGAAGCGGCAAUACAUGUAAUAUUGUCUUGGUGGGGGAUAUGGAUAAGCUACUCGAAACUGAUGAGGCAUCGUCGUCGAAACAACAACCAAACAACAAUAUUGACGACAAUCCACUGCGUUCCAUCUUUAUCUACACGUGGUUGUCCAACAUCCUUCAAGACUACAAGCAGCUUCGUGAACAAAUUUUGGUUGUUGGAAAGUCCGCCAACGACAGUAGCAUUCAUUCGAAUGCCUGUCGGCUGCAUCAAAGACUGGUUCGACAACUGCCAGUGGCCACCAAGGGAGACAUUGCUAACCUGGCACGAAAAGUUUGUAAAGAGGUCUCCAAGUUGGACAGCACAAAAUCAUCAUCGUCGUCAUCAUCGAGCCUUUUGACAAUCAUUGACGAGUUGCUCGGAAAGCUAUCGGAACUUUCCAAUGACGAUGUCUGUCGCGAGUUGCUCAACACUGGCAACGUCAUAUUCUGUACAUUGGCAUCGGCGGGAUCCAUGCUCUUCAAGUGGACGCACAAAAUCAACGAUUUAAUUGUGGAUGAAGCAUCUGCCGCCACGGAACCCGAACUCUGCAUCCCCUUUUACCUACAACCCAGGCGGUUGCUGGUGGUCGGAGAUCCGCAGCAACUCCCAGCGACCGUAAAAAGCCAACGAGCGGUGGCGUUGGGGCAUGACAAGAGUUUGCAGGAACGACUCAUGAAUGAUUGUCAUUGUCCCUACACGAUGCUGGACACGCAGUAUCGUAUGAAGCCAGAAAUUAGCUCCUUUCCGUCUCUCCAGUUUUACAAGGGAAAAAUCCAAAACGGAGACAAUGUCACUUGUCCACGAUACCGCGCACCGGUGCCACUACUGGCGGGUGAGCCCUACUCCUUUGUGCAAGUAAGUGGGACAGAAGAGCGGGCUGUCUGUGGCUCUUAUCGAAACCACGCCGAGGCUCUUCGAGUGGUCGACUUGAUACACAAUCUGCGGCAAGGCAACGACGGGACCAACGCCAAGUGGCAUUCGGUGGAUAGAAUCAGGGUGAUUACGUUUUAUCGGGCUCAAGUGCAGCUUGUUCAAUCCCUUUUGAGCAAACGGGGUCUUCCGAGAGUACUGGUGGCAACCGUGGAUUCGAGCCAAGGAUGUGAAGCGGACUUGGUGAUUGUCUCGUUUGUGCGGUCCAAAGGCAGCAAUAACCGAAUAUCCGAAGGCUUCUUGAGCGAUGACAGGAGAGUGAAUGUGGCACUGACGAGAGCAAAGUACCAACUCAUUUGUGUUGGCAAUGCUCAGGCGAUUGUCAAGUCGUUGGCCCCGACGAGCACUCUUCACGGAUUGGCGACAAAUGCCGUGGAACGAAAGGUGGUUGUCUUGGACGACCAAAGUAGCAGUUCAAAUGAGCCGCUCAAGAAGCGCAAGAACAAGACGGUUCCGUUGGUGAACAACAAAAAUGCACUGCCGAAGACGUCUUUAUCUAGAAAGAAGCGGUCAAAGCGACGAUGA